AUGAAACGAGUAGGAGAUUAUAUUUUAGAUAAAAGAAUAGGUUGGGGUGCAUUUGCUCAAGUUUAUAAAGGAUUUAGUAUUAAAACAAAUGAACCCUUUGCCAUAAAGGUUGUCGAUGUUUGUAGAUUAGCGGAUAAGAACUCAAAAUUAACAGAGAAUUUAAAUUAUGAAAUUAGAAUUUUAAAAGAAUUAUCUCAUACAAAUAUAGUUAGAUUAUAUGAUGUUUUAAAUGAAGAAACAGAUCCAACAUUUAUUUAUAUGAUUAUGGAAUGUUGUGAAGGUGGUGAUUUUUCAAAGUACAUAAGAACACAUAAAAAGUUAACAGAAGAAAAAGCAUUAUAUUUUAUGAAACAAUUAGCAAAUGGAUUAAAAUUUCUUAGACAAAAACAGAUUGUUCAUAGGGAUUUAAAACCACAAAAUUUAUUAUUAAGUGAUGAUUCUGAACAUCCAAUUUUAAAAAUUGGUGAUUUUGGAUUUGCAAAAUUCAUAGAUCCAUUCAGUUUAUCAGAUACUUUUUGUGGUUCACCACUCUAUAUGGCACCAGAGAUUUUACAUAGAAAGAAUUAUACAGUAAAGGCAGAUCUAUGGUCGGUUGGUAUCAUUCUUUAUGAAAUGUUGGUUGGUGAACCAGCAUACAACUCAGGUUCAGUACCAGACCUAUUAAAUCAACUACAGAAUAAGAAAAUUAAAUUACCAUCUCAUAUCUCAAGUGAUUGUCAAAAUUUAAUUUAUAGUUUAUUACAAAUUGAUGUAGAAAAAAGAAUAUCUUGGGAAGAUUUCUUUAAUCAUAAAUGGUUAAAUUUAAAUAAUAAUGAUUCAUAUAAAAAUAAUAGCGGAAAUUAUUUUAAUAAUAAUAAUAUUAAUAAUAAUAAUAAUAAUAAUACUAAUAAUAAUAAUAAUAAUAUAUCAUACCCAAUUUCGAUUAAUAGCAACAACACUAAUAAUAAUAAUAAUAAUAAUAAUAAUAAUAAUAAUAAUAAUAAUAAUAAUAAUAAUAAUAAUAAUAAUAAUAAUAAUAAUAAUAAUAAUAAUAAUAAUAAUAAUUAUUAUAAUAAUAAUAAUUCACCACCAAAUGUAUAUCACGCCUCUUCACUUCCUUAUGAUUUUAACAACAAUAAUAAUAACAAUAAUAGUAACAACUAUAAUAAUAAUACAAAUGUACCAAAUAGUUUACCAUUUGCAUACAAUAACAAUAUUUAUUCAUCACCAACCGAGGCAAUACCACAACCAACAACAUUAAAUAAAUCUAAAUCUCUUGAAAAUACAGGUAAUACAAUUAGAGCACAUCCAUUUAAAGAUGAUAAAAAAUCAACUACAAUCCAACAACCGCAACAACAACAACAACAACAACAACAACAACAACAACAACAACAACAACAACAACAACAACAACAACAACAACAACAACAAAAUAGGCAACUAUCGAAUUUAUCUACUGAUUUUGAAAGGGAUUUAGUAAUUUUAGAUGGUGAAGAGUUAGAAUCAAUGGAAAGAGUAUUUAAUAGAGCAGUUGCAAUUGCAGAAUUGGGUGAUCUCAGACAAAACGAACCAUUGGAAUGUGUACCAUUGUAUAUUCUCGCAUUAAAAUUAAUGAAAUCGAAAAUACCAAAUGAUCCAUCAAGUUCACCUGAUAAAUUUAUAAAUACCUUUACUGAAUAUAAAAGAAAGUUAGUUCAUAUAUUUUCAACUUCAAAUACCUCUGUAAAAAAUCAAGACCACCACUCUUCAUUCUCUCCAAAUCGUUUUAUCUAUGAAAAUGCUUUGGAGUUUGGAAAAAAGGGAGCAGUCGAAGAAUUGUAUAAUAAUUACCCAACAUCACUUCAGUUUUAUACUGAUGGUACUCUUUUGUUAGAAUAUCUUUCAUCUAUCGUAAUUGAUUCUGAUGACCAAGAGAUCAUUAAGAAAUAUUUAAAUGCAUUUGAAGUGAGAACUCAAAUUUGUAAAAAAAAUUAUGAAAAUAGCAAAAAUACAGUUUUGAAUACCAAUAGUAUUCAAAAUAAUACAUAA